AGGGAAGGUGCCCUGUUGGCCGUUGCUGGCCAAACCCAAUAACCCCCCUCUCACCUCUCUUUACAUUUAUCCUCCAAUCCCGCUCCACUCUUGAGAGAGAAACCAAAAUCAGGAGAGAGAGAGUAUCACACAACCCCGCGACCCAAUUCCACAACCCGCCCACCUCUCCGACCUUGCGAGCCGAGCGAAUCCACCCCCCACAACCACCAUGUUCCGCCAAGCAGCCAGUCGCGUUCUCUCCCGAUCCUCCGCCGCCGCCAGGGCUCGGCCGUUCUCCACCGAUCUUGCGGCAGCUGCGUCGCCCGACGAGACCUUCGUGGAGGCGUGGAAGAAAGUGAUCCCCAACAUCGAACCUCCCAAGACUCCUUUGUCCUUCAUGACCCCCCGCCCUGCGACGCCGUCUUCGAUCCCUUCCAAGCUCACCGUCAAUUUCGUACUUCCUUAUGCCUCUGAGCUUUCCACCAAAGAGGUUGACAUGGUCAUAAUCCCAGCUUCAACCGGACAGAUGGGUGUCCUUCCGGGGCACGUGGCAACAAUCGCUGAGCUGAAACCUGGGGUUAUGUCCGUGCACGAAGGGGACAAAGUGGUCAAGUAUUUUGUCAGCAGCGGUUUUGCAUUUGUUCAUUCAAACUCUUAUGCAGAUAUAAUUGCUGUUGAGGCAGUGCCAAUUGACCAAAUUGACCCUGCCCUCGUCCAAAAGGGUCUUGCGGACUUCACCCAGAAACUGAGCUCGGCCUCUACCGAUUUGGAAAAAGCCGAAGCCCAAAUCGGAGUGGAUGUGCAUAGUGCUCUCAACUCUGCUCUCACAGGCUAGUGUUGCUGGUCCCUAAUGUCUCUUGAUUCAAGAAUUGUCUCACCCAUUUUUGCUUUUUUUGACAUAUGCCUUAAUUAAACAUUUGAAGUCUGUUCUUGUGACAGAAACUGGUUCGAGUUAUUUUGUUUAUGUACUUGCUGUGUUGGAUGUGGUGGUUGAUACACCAUCUUUGAAUGGAUUUAAUCUAAGUAGAAACAAAA